GCGACAACUACAACAACACCAAAGACUACAACAACUCCAAUUGAAUCUACUGCUACAACUGAAUUGCCAACAACAUCCACAAUGUCUACAACACCACCUACUAAACCUACAACAACACCAACUGAAUCUACUACUACAACUGAGGUGCCAACUACAACCACAGAAUCUACAACACCGGUUCCAACCACAACAACAUCUAAAUCUACAACUCCAACUGAACCUACUACUACAACUGAAGUGAUAACUACAAUCACAAGAUCGACAACACCACUAACUAAACCUACUGCUACAACUGAAGCGACAACGAUAACAACACCAAAGACUACAACAACCCCAACUGAAUCUACUGCUACAACUGAAGCGCCAACUACAUCCACAAUGUCUACAACACCACCUACUAAACCUACAACAACACCAACUGAACCUACUACUACAACUGAAGUGCCAACUACAACCACAAUGUCCACAACACCACAUACUGUACCUACAACUACAACUGAAGUUCCAACUACAACCACAGAAUCUACAACACCAGUUCCAACCACAACAACAUCGAAAUCUACAACACCAACUGAACCUACUACUACUACUGAAGCGACAAGUACAACAACACCAAAGACCACAACAACUCCAAUUGAAUCUACUGCUACAACUGAAUUGCCAACAACAUCCACAAUGUCUACAACACCACCUACUAAACCUACAACAACACCAACUGAAUCUACUACUACAACUGAGGUGCCAACUACAACCACAGAAUCUACAACAACACCAGUCACAGUAUCUACGACUCCUUCAACAACUACUCCUGCUCCCUGUAAUACUAAAAUGAAUAGAUGUGAGUGGUCAGAGUGGUAUGAUGUGUAUGACCCAAAAAUGACAACAGUGACUUGGAAACAUAUGAGAACAUCAGAAAUAGCGGUAAACAGGUAUGUCAAGAUCCGAGCAACAUUGAAUGUGGAUCGACAGUUGACACUAGGAAAAACUUCAAUGACUUUGUGAGUGAAACUGGCCAAGUUGUUACUUGUGAUCUGAAAAAUGGUUUAACAUGUCAACAAAAGGACCAGAUAAGUCCUCCACUGAAGUGCUUUAACUAUAGGAUCAGAGUACAAUGUUGUAAAAUGGUAGAUGAACCAUGUACAACUACUCCCGUCACUACUAACCUAGUACUACAACU